GCCCUCUCCAGAAGCUGUUCCUGCUCCUGGGCCACGAGGCGCUGACCUACUGGCUGCUGCGGGCACCCGAGCCCCCCGCGCUGCCCUGCCCGCCGUGCGAGUGCAGGUGCCCGGCGCCGAUGGAGCCGUGGGCCGUGGUGCCGGCGGCCUGUGAAGAGGCGGACCCGCAGUGGGGGGCGCUGCCUCAGGCCCUCGGCGCCGGCCUGGCGGGCGCCAUGGCGAUGGCCCCGCACGCCGUCGUGGACUCGGAGUUCUGGAAGACGCUGAUGCCGGGGGCCCGACUACUGGUGUGGUACGGCGGCGACAGCGUGUUGCAUGAGAGACUGGCGGUGUGGCCGGUCCAGGGUGCUCAGUGGGUGCUGCAGACACCCGACAAGGACGUGUAUGCGGAGUACCUUGACGGGUCAGACCCCGACGGCCUCGAGCGCGCCAUCCCGCUGCUGGUGGACGGCAGGUUGCCCAGGCUCGGCGCCCAGGC